CCUCCUUUCAACGGCAUCGAAGGUGCCGAUUCUGAAGGCGAGACCGACAGAAUCGAUUUUAAAGAUGAAAGAAGCUCUGGCUCCACUUCACCCGACCACUUGCAUGAAGCCGCUUUGUGGGAGAGACAACGUGAUCCUUACCUGGGUAAAUCGGAGCGCGAUGUCAUUGUCGACCUUGAAGGCCUAGUCGAGCAGUAUGACCUGCAUGACCUCAAAGAAGAACUCACUCGUGGCGCUCGCUAUGCCUACAACCGUGACGAUACCGAUCGCCUUGAUCCCACAGAGGAAGAGAGACACUGGAUUGCCAAAGAAAAGAGUUCGGCCUUCAAGGAUAAAUGGUCUCAAACAAAGAUGAUGUACUACGUUGCAGCUGCCGCAAUCGUCCAAGGCAUGGAUCAAACUGCAGUCAACGGAGCUCAAAUCUUCUACUUCGAGGAUUUUGGCAUCACAAACACAUGGGAGCAGGGUCUGAUCAACGGUGCUCCAUAUUUAUGCUCAGUCCUUAUCGGCUGCUGGACAUCGCCUGUUCUCAACAAGUACUUCGGUCGACGUGGCACUAUCUGGAUCUCAUGUUUCAUUUCUGUCGCCUCUGGAGCUUGGCAAGGUGCAACUUUUGGUAAAUGGCAGCUGUUUGCCUCGCGAUUUGUUGGAGGCUUUGCAAUCGGCGCCAAAUCUUCCACUACACCCGCAUACGCUGCUGAAUGUUCACCGCCUCGGAUCAGAGGUGCUCUGGGGUCUCAGUGGCAAAUGUGGACUGCUUUCGGUAUCAUGUUGGGUUUCAUCGCAUCUGUAGCGUUCUACCCGGUGCAAGUCGAUGGUUACCCGGGCUUGAAUUGGAGACUGAUGCUUGCAUCAACCAGUAUUCCCCCGAUCAUCGUCUGCUGUAUGACUUUCUUCGCACCCGAGAGCCCACGUUGGCUCAUGAGCAAGGGUCGUUAUCGCCAGGCAUUCGAGUCUCUCUGCAGGCUUCGUCAAUGUCGACUGCAUGCAGCUCGCGACCUCUACGAUAUCCACGUCCGCCUGAUGCUCGAGUAUGAGCUCAAGCCAAAGACUGCUUGGGCCAGAGCAACCAAACUGUUCUCGGUCCCGAGAAACCGUCGUGCUGCGCAGUCCGCCUUCUUCGUCAUGUUUAUGCAACAAUUCUGCGGCCCUACUACAGCUCCUCUAUUUUCAGUGAAGCUGGCUUUGGGCAGCAACAAGCACUUCUUGCGUCCAUGGGUACUGGUAUCAUCAACUGNGCUUUUCGCCAUUCCUGGUAUCCUUACCAUCGAUACAAAGGGACGUAGAUGGCUUCUGCUUACCACUUUCCCAUAUAUGGCGGCGUGCUUGUUCUUUACUGGCUUCUCAUUCUUCAUUCCUGCCGAGGGUACCGCUCGCAUCGGGUGCGUAGCUACAGGUAUUUAUCUUUUCAUGGUCGGUUAUUCUCCAGGCAUGGGUCCGGUACCCUUUACAUACUCUGCAGAGUCAUUCCCACUCGCUGUCCGUGAUACUGGAAUGGCAUUCGCAACAGCCACCUGCUGGGGCUUUAACUUCCUUCUGGCAUUGACGUGGCCUCCUCUGCGAGAAGCCUUUACUCCACAAGGCGCUUUCUGCUGGUAUGCUGCUUGGAAUCUUUUCGGCUUUGUCUUUACUUGGUUCUGUUUGCCUGAGACCAAGGCUCGUCCACUCGAAGAAUUGGAUGCUGUGUUCGAUAUCAGAACGAGGGAUCAUGUCAAAUAUUAUUUGAUCAAGACGCCGUUGAUCGGCAAGGGGCAUGUUGGCAAUGAUUUGGUGGAUGUGGCGGCGAUUAUUGAAGGGAAAGACAUGCAGGGUAAUGUUUAG